AUGGAUAUUUAUAAAAGUGUCUGGGUGGCCAGAGAAAAGAUCAUAGCGAGCAUCCAUUUGACCAUCAUGAAUACCCACUUCCUUCUCCUUGCUGUUCUCUUUGCCGGAGCUGAAAUGUGCUCUGAUGCCGGCUCAAAGUGAGUUUAUUGUCUGAAAACUUUGCUUUCAUGUAACUUGAUUUUCAGCUGUAAGAACUGGGUCGCUAAUGGCUUCUGUACCAACAGCGCUUACACAUCCGCUCAAAUUCUGUAUUACUGUGGAGAAUCAUGUGGUCUCUGCUCGUCUUCAUCUUCCUCGUCUUCUUCCACCACCACUGCUUCUUCCUCUUCGUCGUGUACUGAUUCCGUGUCGACAUGCGCUUCCUGGGCUGCCAACGGAUUCUGUACUUCAUCCUUCUACACAACUGCCAUCAAAACUCAAUACUGUGCUUCUACCUGCUCACUGUGUUCAUCUUCUUCGUCGUCUUCAUCUUCGUCUUCAUCUACUUCUGCUGCUACGACGACUGCUUCCACUUCCACUGCUGCCACUACCACUGCCAGUACCGACACCACGACGGCCAACACGGAAUCCACCACUUCUUCUGACUCCUCUUCCACCACUGAUUCGUCAUCGUCCUCUUCUUCUUCUUCUUCAGCUACCACUUCUGCUUCUUCUUCAUCUUCUUCUUCCACUGCAGCCACCACCACGGCUACCUGUGCCGAUUCUGUUUCCACGUAAGUCGCUGCUUUCCUCUCAUCCAGCCAAUCUUUGCCUUCAGAUGUACUUCCUGGGCGGCUAACGGCUUCUGCACGUCUUCAUUCUACACCACUGCUAUCAAGACUCAAUAUUGUGCCAGUACCUGCUCUUUGUGCUCUUCUUCCUCCUCUUCAUCCAGCACAACUUCAUCUUCUUCGUGCUCUGACUCGGCUUCUGCGUAAGUUCAAGAUAAUGUUUAUGUCGAAAAUGCGACGAAAAUUACAGGUGCUCUUCCUGGGCUGCCAAUGGAUACUGUACCAACAGCUUCUACACUGACACUCAACGCAAAGCCUACUGUGCCAAGACUUGCGGACUUUGCUAA